ACAUCCUUGCCGCGCACGGCCAGGCAAAGCUGAGCCGGCCGUGUGCUGUGUGUGUAUGUGUUCGCGGGGCACUGUUGCAGCCCCGGGAAGAUGGUGGCGUCGGCGGCGGCGUCCGAGGCGAGGCUGAGGGCGAGGACGGUGGCGACGGCAGCGCCCGCGGGCAGGCACGGCGGGCGGCGCCGGGACUGGGACGUGACUGGAGCUGGGAGGCCGGGUCUGGGGGCCGGGCUGCGCCUCCCGCGGCUCCUGUCGCCGUCGUUGCUGCUGCUGCUGCUGCUUCUCCCGCUGCUGCUGCUGCUGCUGCUGCCCUGGGCGGCCGAGGCCGCGGCGGCGGCGGCGGUGGUGUCGGGCUCCGCCGCAGCCGAGGCCAAGGAAUGCGACCGGCCCUGUGUCAACGGCGGGCGCUGCAACCCUGGCACCGGCCAGUGCGUGUGCCCCGCCGGCUGGGUGGGCGAGCAAUGCCAGCACUGCGGGGGCCGCUUCAGACUAACUGGAUCUUCAGGGUUUGUAACAGAUGGACCUGGAAAUUAUAAAUAUAAAACGAAGUGCACAUGGCUCAUUGAAGGACAGCCAAACAGAAUAAUGAGACUUCGUUUCAACCAUUUUGCUACAGAAUGUAGUUGGGACCAUUUAUAUGUUUAUGAUGGCGACUCAAUUUAUGCACCACUAGUUGCUGCCUUUAGCGGCCUCAUUGUUCCUGAGAGAGACGGUAACGAGACUGUCCCCGAGGUCGUUGUCACCUCAGGUUAUGCCUUGCUGCAUUUUUUUAGUGAUGCUGCUUAUAAUCUGACUGGAUUUAAUAUCACUUACAGUUUUGACAUGUGUCCAAAUAAUUGCUCAGGCCGAGGAGAAUGUAAGGUUAAUAACAGCAGCAGCACAGUUCAGUGUGAAUGUGCUGAAAACUGGAAAGGCGAAGCGUGCGAUAUUCCUUACUGUGCACAUAACUGUGGGUUUCCUCAUCGUGGCGUCUGCAAUUCAAGUGACGUCAGAGGGUGCUCCUGCUUCCCACAGUGGCAAGGUCCUGGAUGUUCAAUUCCUGUACCAGCUAACCAGUCAUUUUGGACUCGAGAGGAAUAUUCUAACCUGAAGCUUCCCAGAGCAUCUCACAAAGCUGUGGUCCAUGGAAAUAUAAUGUGGAUUGUUGGAGGAUACAUGUUCAACCACUCAGAUUUUAACAUGGUUCUAGCGUAUGAUCUCGCUUCCAGGGAGUGGCUUACCCUGAACCGUUCUGUGAACAAUGUGGUGGUUAGAUAUGGUCAUUCUUUGGCAUUACACGAGAAUAAAAUUUAUAUGUACGGAGGAAAAAUUGAUGCCACAGGAAAUGUGACCAAUGAGUUGAGAGUGUUUCAUAUUCAUAAUGAAUCCUGGGUGUUGUUGGCCCCGAAAGCAAAGGAGCAGUAUGCUGUGGUUGGUCACUCUGCACACAUUGUUAAAUUGAAAAAUGACCGCCUGGUCAUGCUGGUCAUCUUUGGUCACUGCCCUCUCUAUGGAUAUAUAAGCAGUGUGCAGGAAUAUGACUUGGAGAAGAACACGUGGAGUAUAUUACAAACCCAGGGUGCCCUUGUGCAAGGGGGCUAUGGCCACAGCAGUGUUUACGACCCCAAGACCAAGGCCCUGUAUGUCCAUGGAGGCUACAAGGCUUUCAGUGCCAAUAAAUACCGGCUUGCAGAUGACCUCUACAGAUAUGAUGUGGACUCCAGGAUGUGGACCAUUCUUAAGGACAGCCGGUUUUUCCGUUACUUGCAUACAGCUGUGAUUGUGAGUGGAACCAUGCUGGUGUUUGGAGGAAACACACACAAUGACACGUCCAUGAGCCAUGGUGCCAAAUGCUUCUCUUCUGAUUUCAUGGCUUACGAUAUUGCUUGUGACCGCUGGUCAGUGCUUCCCAGACCUGGUCUCCAUCACGAUGUCAACAGAUUUGGCCACUCUGCAGUCUUGUACAACAGCACUAUGUAUGUGUUUGGCGGUUUCAACAGUCUCCUCCUCAGCGAUAUGCUGGUGUUCACGUCAGAGCAGUGUGAAGCCCACCGAAGCGAAGCUGCUUGUCAGGCAGCAGGACCCGGCAUCCGGUGUGUGUGGGACACAGGCUCAUCUCAGUGUAUCUCCUGGGACUUGGCAGACAUACCAGAAGAAAAGUUAAAAUCAGAAUGUUUUUCCAAAAGAACGCUUGAUCAUGACAGAUGUGACCAGCACACCGAUUGUUACAGCUGCACGGCCAACACCAACGACUGCCAUUGGUGCAAUGACCACUGUGUCCCUGCGAACCACACCUGCACAGAGGGCCAGGUCUCUGUUUCCAGAUACGAGAAUUGCCCCAAGGAUAACCCCAUGUACUACUGUAAUAAGAAGACCAGCUGCAGGAGCUGUGCCCUGGAUCAGAACUGCCAGUGGGAGCUCCGAAACCAGGAGUGCAUCGCCCUGCCAGAAAAUAUCUGUGGGGUUGGCUGGCAUUUGGUUGGAAACUCAUGUUUGAAAAUUACUACCGCCAAGGAGAAUUACGACAAUGCUAAACUGUCCUGUAGGAACCACAAUGCCUUUCUGGCUUCUCUUACAACCCAGAAGAAGGUAGAAUUUGUCCUUAAGCAGCUUCGAGUAAUGCAGUCAUCACAGAGCAUGUCCAAGCUCACCUUGACCCCAUGGGUUGGCCUACGAAAAAUCAAUGUGUCCUACUGGUGCUGGGAAGAUAUGUCCCCGUUUACAAAUAGUUUACUACAGUGGAUGCCGUCUGAGCCUAGUGAUGCUGGGUUUUGUGGAAUCUUGUCAGAACCUAGUACUGGGGGCCUAAAGGCUGCAACCUGCAUCAACCCACUCAAUGGCAGUGUCUGUGAACGGCCUGCAAACCAUAGUGCCAAGCAGUGUCGGACCCCGUGUGCUCUGAGAACGGCAUGCGGGGAGUGCACCAGUGGCAGCUCCGAGUGCAUGUGGUGCAGCAACAUGAAGCAGUGCGUGGACUCCAAUGCCUACGUGGCCUCUUUCCCUUUUGGCCAGUGUAUGGAGUGGUAUACCAUGAGCAGCUGCCCCCCUGAAAAUUGUUCAGGCUACUGCACCUGUAGUCAUUGUUUGGAGCAGCCAGGCUGUGGCUGGUGCACUGAUCCCAGCAACACUGGCAAAGGGAAAUGCAUGGAGGGCUCCUACAAAGGACCCGUGAGGAUGCCCUCACAGAUCCCGAGCAGCACCUCCUACCCGCAGCCCCUUCUCAACUCCAGCAUGUGUCUAGAGGACACCAGAUACAACUGGUCUUUCAUUCAGUGUCCAGCUUGCCAGUGCAAUGGGCACAGUAAGUGCAUCAACCAGAGUAUCUGUGAGAAGUGUGAAAACCUGACUACAGGCAAACACUGUGAGACCUGCAUAUCAGGCUUCUACGGUGACCCCACCAAUGGAGGGAAAUGUCAGCCAUGCAAGUGCAAUGGACACGCAUCACUGUGUAAUACCAACACGGGCAAGUGCUUCUGUACCACCAAGGGCGUCAAGGGGGACGAGUGCCAGCUAUGUGAAGUAGAAAAUCGAUACCAGGGAAACCCUCUCAAAGGAACAUGUUACUAUACUCUUCUUAUUGACUAUCAGUUCACCUUUAGCUUAUCCCAGGAAGAUGAUCGCUACUAUACAGCCAUCAAUUUUGUGGCUACACCUGAUGAACAAAACAGAGAUUUGGACAUGUUCAUCAAUGCCUCCAAAAACUUCAACCUUAACAUCACCUGGGCUGCCAGCUUCUCAGCUGGCACGCAGGCUGGAGAAGAAAUGCCCGUUGUUUCAAAAACCAACAUUAAGGAGUACAAAGAUAGCUUCUCUAAUGAGAAGUUUGAUUUUCGAAACCACCCAAAUAUUACUUUCUUUGUUUAUGUCAGUAAUUUCACCUGGCCCAUCAAAAUUCAGAUUGCCUUCUCGCAGCACAGCAAUUUUAUGGACCUGGUACAGUUCUUCGUGACUUUCUUCAGUUGUUUCCUCUCUCUGCUCCUGGUGGCGGCUGUGGUUUGGAAGAUCAAACAAAGUUGUUGGGCCUCCAGGAGGAGAGAGCAACUUCUUCGAGAGAUGCAACAGAUGGCCAGUCGUCCCUUUGCCUCUGUAAAUGUUGCCUUGGAAACUGAUGAAGAGCCCCCUGAUCUUAUUGGAGGGAGUAUAAAGACGGUUCCCAAGCCCAUUGCACUGGAGCCUUGUUUUGGCAACAAAGCUGCUGUACUCUCUGUGUUUGUGAGGCUCCCACGAGGCCUCGGUGGAAUCCCUCCUCCUGGACAGUCAGGUCUUGCAGUGGCCAGUGCCCUGGUGGACAUUUCUCAGCAGAUGCCCAUAGUGUACAAAGAAAAGUCAGGAGCAGUGAGAAACCGGAAGCAGCAGCCUCCUGCACAGCCAGGAACCUGCAUUUGA